CCAUGUUUAUCUAUUUUAUUUCUAUUUGACAUAAAAUAUUUUUCCAAACUGACAAUUUUGUUUUUCGUUUCAAAAGUUUGGGACAUGUAUAUUUAUUUAAAACCCCAUACCGGUAAUAAAUCCAGCGAUGCAAACAUUAUGUAUGGGUAUGUUUAAAACAGAUACUUGAAAUAACUUUUUGUAUAUAGACAUCCAAAAAUAAAAACCAAAAUCCUGUCUGUAAAGUUUAUCAUGAUUUCAUGUGUCCAUACGCCUUUCACACGCAUCGUUUUUGAAAAUAAUGUUCAGUAUAUAUUUUCUAGUUAAUAUAUAACUGCAAAAUCAGCUCACGAUGGGUUGUCUGUCAAAUGUUAAUCCUGUAUGUAAAUUAGGGACUUCGGGGCGUGGUAUACAGCAUUCAUAACAAUGAUCGAUUGCAUGUUUUCCGAUCAUAUAAUUUUAUCUACACAUACGUAUGUGCAUACUGCCCUAUAGUAAUAAAUCCACUCAGGACAGUGUAUUGAAAGGUCACGUGUCGCCGCGCUGUUUUCCUUUCUUAUUCACUGUACUACAUACACCGAAACGAUUACUUUACACGUUGUGUCGAAGCUGGAGGAGGGAAUGAUAAGAUUGUGUCCAAUAACAAAAAUACAUGCUGUUAACGAGUAGCUCUGGAGAAGUUAAAAUGACUGGAUUCCUUCAAUGGAUCUGUGUUUUUGCUUAUGCAGUUGUUUCCACGAGUGCUCAGACAACUUUAACAGGAAGCAUUCAAAUGAAAGGCGUGAAGGGUAAUAUAACCUUGACCCAGCAAUCACAAGGACAACCAAUUUCGGUAACUGCCUCUUUGGCUGGACUUUCACAAAUUAACACGAUGAUCAUUAGAGAGGUGCGGGUUCUCUACGACGGAGCCUCCGAUAUGUGUGCCGACUCACGCCUUGGUAGGCAAAUGGGGGCAUUCAGCACCAAUGUACCCAUCAGUGGCGAGAGUACCAGCUCCAUCACUGAUGUCGCCGACAUCAGUACUCUAACAGGGAGAGCUAUAGUCUUAACAGACACAACGAACAACACUUCUAAAGUCUGCACAACUUUAGAAACAGGUGAACCCCAUAUCACAGCUAUCGCUAAAUUACCAUCCAAUAUUGCUGGAACAGUAACAUUCCGUCAAGCCAGUACGCCACAAAACGCACCGACGUCCAUCUGUGUAGAUUUAUACAGAGUUACCAACACAAACAGCGAUACUGUGGAGGAGCUCAACUGGGACAUAUACACACUAUCUGUACCUGGCGAUACGUCUGACACUGCGUUAAGUCAAAGAUGCUCAUCUAUUGGUACCAUCCAAGUAGACUUAACAGCAAAACACGCGAAACUCAAUGCAAGUUUGCUGAGAGGUCAGGAUGUUAGAUGUUUUGUUGAUACAAGCCUAAAUGUGCAGUCCAUAAUAGGAAAGUCGUUGGCAAUCAAAUCCAGUGAUGGAACUAUGCUUUCAUGUGGAACUGUUCGUCAAGUCAUGAAAAGAGACACCGUAACUCGUUUCAGUAGAGACGGGGUCAAAGGGUAUAUUAAAUUAUCCCAGAAAUCCAUGUAUGAUCCAACGACAAUUGAUGUGAAUGUUACUGGAUUGAGAAGCCUAGCCGGUGGUUACCACAUUCAUGCGUGGCCAGUUCCACAGAAACUGGAAAAGAGUGAGACAGUCUGCGACCCUUCACACGUCGCGGGUCACUUUAAUCCAAAUAAUAUUGUCGUUGCGAAUUCCCCAAGUCCUGGUUCUGGGACUCCAGAUCAGUAUGAAAUAGGGGACAUUAGUGGGAAGUUUGGUCUUCUGAAUGGAAAGUCAGAGUUAAUAACGACAUAUAUGGACUAUAAUCUUCCUCUGUACGGUAUCAAUAGUGUAAUAGGGCGAUCUAUAGUUAUCCAUAAGGAAUCAGGAGGGGCACGAUGGGUUUGUGCAAACAUUGAAUCCGCUGAUGAAAUGAGGGUAGCUCAAAUAACGUUCACAUACCCAUACAUUGGCUACAUGGUUUUCCAGCAAAGUCUUCUGAAUUGGUACCAUGCUGAAACUCAAAUAUACAUAGAACUCGAUAUGAUUGCUCAGACAGGGAAAUCUUCGGCACAUAAGUGGCAUGUCCAUGAAAACAUGGUUGGGACAGAUUCACUAGUUUCACCUGGAAGGUGUGACUCAGCAGCUGGGCAUUACAAUCCGUAUAAGGUGGAUCUGAAUGGGAAUUACGAUUCCCAGUGCAAUCCAUCUAACCCUGGUCGUUGUGAAGUUGGGGAUGUUGCAAAGAAGCAUGGUAGAAUUGAUAUUGGUACUACAUCUGGCGGGAAACAACGCUACUUCUUCACUGAUGUGGAUCUCCCUCUCUCGGGUCCACUCAGUAUCAUUGGAAAGUCGGUUGUGAUUCAUGGCGCGAAUGGCGCUGGAGAGAGAAUGUCAUGCGCAAAUAUUUACGAACUGUCAAAGCGCGUUGUGAAAGUGAGUGAAUGGCGCCAGAUGGCCAGCUCGAAUGUGAAUGGCUACGUCAAACUGACUGAGAAUUCUGCAGGCGCUUUAAGUGGUGUUUCUGCAACUGAAAUAAAAAUUAAUAAUCUUGCUUCACAAGCUAGUGGUCUCCAUGUACACGAGUAUCCUGUUCCCAAGGAAGGCGAUUCGCCUUGUUCACCAGCAAAUGUUGGCGGGCACUUCAAUCCAUUUGAAGUCGAUGUGAACACCAGUCCUGCUAAUGGUACCGGAUCGGAUGACCAGUACGAGAUUGGAGAUUUAAGUGGUCGCUAUGGGAACCCACUGGAUGGACAGAACAGCGUUGAUGUGAGCGAAUUGGACACCAAUGUACCACUCCGCGGUCCUCUCAGCGUUGUAGGCAGAUCCAUAGUUAUACAUAAAGCCGAUUCAUCCAGAUGGCUAUGUGGUACCAUAAUGGAAGAUACCAGUGUUACAAAAGGGGAGAUGUAUAUGGCAAAAGCCACGUUCUCUGAAGGAGAUAUACAAGGAACCAUAACACUUAUGCAGUACGGUUAUCCUGAUGGUGGUAUGAGUGAUACUGGCAUUGUGCUAGACCUGUACUACGCACAAAACCGAAGUCAAAUUACAAACAAACAUAACUGGCAUGUUCACGAAAAUCAAGUAUCAACGGAUUGUAUGUCAACUGGAGGCCAUUAUAACCCAUUCAAAGCCGACGUAAAGAAUAAUUAUGCCGAAUGUGGUUUUUCAAGCCCUCUUCAUUGUGAGGUGGGCGACCAGGCCUCGAAGGUGGGACAAUAUGACAUAGGGAAUGGGCGACGGUUUUAUACAGAUGCCUAUCUUCCUCUGAUGGGCCAAUUUGGAGUGAUUAGCCGAUCCUUUGUUGUGCACGAAAAAAUGGGGGGCCCAAAACGUGUGGCAUGUGCUAACAUCAUGCCUAUAAAUGGCAUGACAAUGAUGAUGUCCUUCCCAGUGCAAUCAAAUUUUGAUAAAGAUGCCAUGCGAUCAAAGAUCGCUACGGCAUUGAGCACACAGACAUACAACCUUAUGGUGGAAAAGAUGCCCUCUCACACAGUGUCCGAUAGCAGGUGCACGCAAGCCAUGGUAUACUUCAUGGGUCAAGAAUCCAGAAACCUGUAUAAUAAACUUGACACCAUGAUGAAACAAAAUCCCAAUUCACUGGGUUCAUAUGCACCGGCUUGUUCAGGUUGUUUAGGUACUUCAAAGAUUUCAAUCGCGAUUGUCGGACUACUUUUGUGUUUACAAUAUUUAUGGACGUGGAGAUGACUACUAGAAUGACGUAGAUGUUGAUAUUACGCUCCAUCGUCUCAUUUCUUGCCUGCGAUCACCAAAAGAUAUUCCUCAUCUCUGUUCGUGCUAACUAUGCAACUGUUACAAACGUCAUUAUGUUGUUUUAAACAUGUACUACGCCCAUAUACAGUAAAACACGGUUACACCGAGCACACCUAUACUGAAUGGACUGCGUAUAACGAAGAAUCGUUCAUUAUUUCCCGUUAAUGGUAAGUAAAUAUGGGAAAAUAAUAGGAUAUAACGAAUCAUAGUGACUCAUACCAAAUAAAACUGUCCCUGGCGCACUUUGGUGUAACCGUGUUUUCUGCAUGCUCGUGUUGUUUUCAUUGUGAAUAUGUUUUGUUAUUUCAUGUUUUCACUUCGCAAACAUUAUAUUUUAUGUAAUGCAAAUUAUACACAAUUUCAUAUAAUGCAAAUUAUACACAUAUCAGCUAUUUUUCCAAACAAGUUUUUGAACAAAUGUUCUUGCAUUGUAUUAUGUUUAUUAAAUGUAAAAUUUAA